AAAAGCAGAAGCGACACUAUCGCCGCUCUCACUAACUAUUGAUUCAUCGAAGAAGCUCUCUCUCUCGUUGUCGCAGAAUCUCUUCUUCUCCGUUCUAGAAUAAUGGGGAAUGCUCUGGUCAAAAAAGAACCACCGCCUCCGGUGGUUCUUGUUCCUCCGCUCUUCGAUUUCCCUCCUCUCUCCGCCCGUACUAGGAUGUUGGAAUCGUCAUAUAAUUUGUUGUUUGGGAAGCUUGCAUUGAAAUGUCUAUUUGAGGAUUACUUUGAAGAAGCAAAUAAUUUCUCGGCGAAGUUUUUGUUGAAGCCUAUUGAUGAUCCUCAUGUGGACUUGGUUGCAUCUGUUCGGGGCGCAGUAGAUGGUAGAGCGGAAGGAGAUUUUGUCGGUAACGCGGAGUUUCGCUGGCAAAGUGAUGUUGAUGAUCCUCAUACUUUUGUGGACCUCUCUGUGUCAACAUCGAAUCUGAUUCUUCAAAUGAGGUCUUCUGCUUACUACCCUAAAUAUGGGAUUGGGGCAUUUGCAGUCUACCCUUUGAUUUCAAAAAAGACUGGAAACUUAUCUGAGGAGUAUAGAAUCAUGGGGUUGAGAUAUGGCUCAACGAAUUUGUCUCUCGGAGCUACUGUCACGCCUUUUACUGCGAAUAACGAAUUGCCAAAACAUGCAUGGCUUGUAAGCAAGAUGGGAAGGUUUACAGUAGGAGUGCAGUAUGAGCCGCUACAUGGAAGCGAAGAUUUGGCAAAGUACACAGACCUAAGAAACUGGAGUUGUGCUGCUGGCUAUGGAGUAGGGUCACAAAGCCCCUUGAGUCCUUCGUUUAACAUUGGCAUUGAACUAGCAAGAAGCUCUCAGUUUAUCGCUACGUUCUACCAACACAUAGUGGUACAAAGACGGGUGAAAAAUCCUUUUGAAGAAAACCAAGUAGUUGGAAUCACAAACUACAUUGAUUUAGGUUUUGAGCUACAAUCGAGGGUUGAUGACACCAAGACACCACACAAUGCCCCAGAUUCUUUAUUGCAGAUGGCUGCGUCUUGGCAGGCCAAUAAGAACUUCUUGCUGAAGGGUAAAGUCGGAGCUCAUAGCUCAACAUUGUCAUUAGCAUUCAAGUCGUGGUGGAAACCGUCUUUCGCAUUCAAUAUUUCAGCAACAACUAAUCAUCGGACUGGAAAUGUCGAAUGUGGGUUUGGUCUUCGUGUUGAUAACAUAAGAGAAGCCAGUUACCAAAGAGCUGAUCCAAACUUUGUAAUGCUAACACCGAACAAAGAACAUUUAGCUGAAGGGAUUGUGUGGAAAAUGGGGAAGAGGCCAAUGUAUCAGUCUGAUGUGGACGCAGAGAAUUUCAGUGAGCUGCCAAAAGAACUUAGACCGUCCCAGAAGAUUCUCUAAACUAAAUGUUUAUUUUUUUGCACUUUUAUCUAGUAGAUUUAGAUCUCUACCAAGUCAAGUUUUAAUAAGUUCGACGAAAGAAGAUAUAUUUAGUAAUAACCAUUUUUACUCAUAUGGAGUACAAGUGUUUUGUGUUCAAAUUAGGAGUAAAUUAUCUGGGUUUUA